UAAUGAACAUUUAAAAAAAAAACAUAAAGAAGAUUGCUCUUAUAAAUCUUCCCGAAUCAUUUCCUCGAGUUUUUUUACUUGAAGUUAUCUUUCAAGUUUUUACCUUCGCAAGAAAAAUCUAUUUAAGUUUCUGUGAAACUUGAUUUCGCCCUCGUCUGUGGAUAUUGAUUCGAUAAAAAUGAUAUUCAUAGAAGCGUUCGUUCGCUCUAAUAAGAAACUCGCUCGAAUAAGUCACGUUUUACAAUUACAAAGGAGAAAUCUAUAAUUCUAUUACAAAGCUUACUUAAUGAUCCACAGCUAAAAGACUUUUACAAUGGCUUCUUGCCAGCACUCAGGAUAGAAUUUUAUUCAUAAUUUACUAUAUAUAACAAAAAGCAAUACAAAAUUAUAAAUCUAAUAAUUCUAUAAUGAAGCUCGUUUGAAUAAUCCAGGUUGAAAAACCUUUUUGAGAAAUCGAUUAUUCUUUCCAGAAUUCAGAGUAGAAUUCCGUUUACGAUGUCCUACGCAAUGUAACACGAGAGACAUUUAAAAUUCAGAUUACAAUUUCGAGAGGGAAUGCGCUUUCAGGAGACGAGGCGGGAAAACGCUCCGCUCGCCGAACGUCGCCGAGCGCGUCCGAUCGCGAGCAGAGAUCGCGUCACGGACGCGCACGGCGACACGGGACACAGUCCAUCCAUCCAUCCAUCCAUCCAUCCCCUGUUGAUUGCCGUGAUCGGGGUUAGGGAGUGACGUAAGCAGGGAAACAAACAGUCGGCGGUGCAGUGGAAUGUGGGAUCCGUGUCGCGAUCCGCUCGAGUGACUCGCGGGCGGCGUAAAUGUCAGAGGAUCCUCGGCUCGUAACGCGAUCAGUCCUGGACCGAAAGCGUCUCCCUCGCGUAGGCGUAGGGAUGGUCUGAAGAGGCAGAUUAUCUCGCGAUCGACACCACCCGCCGCAAGAGAUGUUGUGCGACGUAGCGAUGGACGCGAACGGGAACGGCAAGCGAGAUCCUCUUCACGGGGGUCCCGUCUACUCCCAUCGGCGCGCGGCCAGCAACGACGAAAGCAACAGAACUACAGAUCUAGAAUUUGUUUAUGACGAUACUGAUGUACAUGCUAAUGAAAUCGCAGAAUUAUAUAGCUAUACGGAGCAAUAUGAAUUGCAGCUCAAUCUUAAGGCAUUUGAGGAUCAGAUGGAAUGGUAUAAGUUACGACCGUGGUGGCAAAACUUGACAAGACCACAACAGAAAUCGAUAAUCUACAAGUUAUUGGAUCAAUUGGAAGUUUCCAAUAAACAACUCAGGAUGAAGGCGGCACGUUGUAUUCUUUAUUUAGCUCAGGGUUGUUGGGCUGAGGUACAGUCUGACAAGGAACAACAAGACUGGACUAGGACAAACGUAAUGUUACUCUAUGAAGCUGGCAUUUUUCCAGCAUUUGUUGAACUGCUAAACAUUGAGAUUGAAAAUAGCACAACUGCUACCUCAGCGAUGAGAAAGCUGGCUGUUAGCCUCGCUGAUUCGAUAGACUUAAGAGUCAUACUGUCCGUUUUAUAUAUUAUAACAGAAGUUAUGAGAGAGGAAUUAAAAAAUAUCGAACACAGUGAAUAUAAAGACAAUGCUGAAGCGUUUAAAGAAGAUCUUGUAAAUCCAUACGGAGAAGAAUUACUGAUUGUUAAGCUUCUCGGUAUGGUGACGUGUUUCUGUAGCGGUUCGGCACCACAUUUUCCUAUGAAAAAAGUUCUCUUGCUUUUGUGGAAAUUAAUCCUAGUCUCUCUUGGCGGCAUUGACGCACUUAGAGAGUUGAAGAAGCAGUAUCGCGAGGAAGCAGGACUCGAUACGCAACAGGAAGACACUAUUGAAGUCGCUAGGACAAUGAGAGCUAGUUCUCCGCCUAUGAGUGCGGCAGAUUUAUUAGAAACACAAAAUCAGAAAAGGAAUAAUCGGCCUUUUCGACGGAGUUUAAUGAAACAAAGCUCAUUAGAUGAUCCAGGUUUAGGUAUGGAGUAUGACGGAGGAGAGCCUCCAAAUAAUACUACAACAAAUGAAGGAGAUGGCGAAUUGAUUGUAUUUCUUGGUCCUGGUGGACCUGGUGGUUGGAAUCAAACAUAUUACGAAGAUCAGAAUAAUCAGUCACAAUUAAGGCCAGGUACUCCGCAGCUCAUAAAGGGAAAAGGUUUACCAUGGACACCGAAAGUGAGGCAAAAGGAUGUGGAUACGUUCCUCGAAAUUGCAAGAAUGAAGUUUGUUGGUUACAAAUUACAAGGAGAUAGAGAAAGUUUAGCAGGUUUACCGCAACCAAUUCACGAAGGUGUCACUACGCUUAAAAAGCACAUGUACACGUCUCUAGCGGAAAUUCAAAUACGAAAAGAAGAAGAAAUAGCAAGAAAUCCAAUGAGUACUCUAGAACCACCACUUCGUCAGACACCAACGGAAAUUCUUUAUCAGGCUAUAUUACCAAAUUUGCCACAAUAUAUGAUUGCAUUAUUAAAAAUAUUACUUGCUGCUGCACCAACUAGUAAGGCGAAGACAGACAGCAUUAAUAUCCUGGCUGAUGUGUUGCCAGAGGAAAUGCCAAUGACAGUGCUGCAAUCAAUGAAAUUAGGAAUCGAUGUUAACCGACAUAAGGAGAUUAUUGUUAAAGCCGUUUCUGCAAUUUUAUUACUGUUGCUCAAGCACUUCAAAUUGAACCAUGUGUACCAAUUCGAAUUUAUGUCACAGCAUUUAGUAUUUGCUAAUUGCAUACCUCUUGUAUUAAAGUUUUUAAACCAAAACAUUAUAGCUUAUAUUGAAGCAAAGAAUGUUAUUCCUAUUUUGGACUUCCCCAUGUGUGUCAUUGGUGACCAGCCGGAGUUAACUACUGAAAGCCUUGAAAUUGGCCAUAGUCAAUCUUUCUCAUGGCGAAACGUUUUCUCCUGCAUCAAUUUAUUAAGAAUUUUGAACAAAUUAACUAAAUGGAAACAUAGUAGAAUAAUGAUGCUAGUCGUUUUUAAAUCAGCACCUAUUUUAAAACGCACGUUAAAAGUCAGGCAUGCGAUGAUGCAGUUAUAUGUUUUAAAAUUAUUGAAAAUGCAAACGAAAUAUCUCGGUCGACAGUGGAGAAAGACAAAUAUGAAAACUAUUAGUGUCAUCUACGCAAAGGUCCGACAUCGUUUAAAUGACGACUGGGCAUACGGCAAUGAUUUGGAAGCACGGCCGUGGGAUUUCCAAGUUGAAGAGUGCGAACUACGUACGUGCGUCGAUCAAUUCAAUAAUCGAAGAUAUUCAAACGUUCCGCGAGACGAGGAAAUGGAACCAGUUGAUGCAUCAGUAACAUCCGUGCUCGGUGCAAAUGUAGAAUUGACUGAAGAGUUCAAACAACAUUAUGAAUUAUGGUUACAGCAAGAGGUAUUUCAAAGGAGUAUCAAUUGGGACGAAUUAUUGGAUCCCGCAGCGUGUGAAAUUUAAAUUUCAUAUAAGUAUAAAACGCAUAUAAAUCGUAUUUUCAUUAAAUCAUAGACUUGAAUGGAAUUGCGACAUUUUUACGAAUUAUACGUUGUGAGAAGUGUUCAAGCGAAAAAACAUUGCCAUAUCGAUACUGCAAAAAUUUCCGAGUUGCAUUUGAUAUCGCGAUGAAUGGUCCUAAUUUAGAAAAUGUUUAACGAAGAGACUUUUCGAUGAAACGUGUAAAACAUUUCAAAUUUUUUUUUUUAUUUAAUUUGUGCAAUGCAACAUAGCGCUUAUAGUCAUUUUCUAUCAUUAUAGAUAUCGUCAAUUUCUGAAGAAAUAAUCUUCUCUUUUAUAUAUCUAUAUGUAAAAGAGAAUAUUAAAAUUUAGAACAUUUUAAUAAAAUAUUGAUUCUUUGCAGUUACAAAUAACGUCUGAUUUUCCAUAGAUCAAAUGUUGUUACAUACCA